AUGAACGAACUUUCUAUAAAUGAUAAUGACAUGCGUUUAGCAAAAAGAAAAAGUCGUGGCGAGGAAAAAGAAGAAGAAAAGAAAGAUAAAACUUUUUGGUGUGGGAUUUGUCAAAUUAAAUGUAAAAAUGAAUUGUUUGGUGCGGAAACCCUUAAAGAAGAACUUGAAAUAGCAAAAGAAACUAAUAUUAAUGAAUUAAAGGAGUUGGAAGUUAAUUUCUCGCCCCCCAACUGUUUAGAAAUAAAGGUUUCUAAUCUGCUAACAGUGGAAGCGAUUGGUAAACUUUUAUAUUCAAUUUACAAUAAAUUAAAUUACCUAUUCGAUCACCUUGAAUACCGGAUAGUGGAUAAGAGGGAUUUAAUUUUUUUUUAUGAACAAAAGGAAUUAUUAGAAAAUUUUAUUCUUCGCCGUAAUGUUAUCUAUUUACGACUUCUGGAACAAUCGGAUCUUGACAAUUGGAAAGCAAAAUUUGCUGUCUUAAAAGAGAUAUUAGAAAAAUUAGGUUUGACUGGUCUUCGAUUCGGAAAAGAAAAAAGUGCUAAUAAUAACAAUCCGCAAACUACUUUGGCUAAGAAUAAAGAUAGUGAAAUAAUAGAAGGAAGGAAAAAAAGUAACCUCGGUUCGUCAAAUAACCAACCAAUAAAUGGCGGAAAGAGAUUAAACAAAUCUAUUUUAUUUCGUGAAUGGAAAGGAAGAAAAUUAUUUGAAUUAGGAGUUCACAGUAAAUUUAGCACCUUGGAUGGGAUAAGUAGUCCAGUUGAUUAUGCCACGAGUGCUCGAAAGAAAAAUUAUGCUGCUUUGGCUAUAACCGACCACUACAACGUUCAAUCCUUUCCUGAAUUUAGCAAACACCAGAGUAGUGAUUUGAAAAUUAUUUAUGGCUGUGAAAUGGAAAUGUUAGAGGAUAAACUUCCUCCUUAUCUUUUUAACUAUUCUGAACAAUUUUUAGAAAAAAAAAUAAAUGAUUUAACUUAUUGCGUCUUUGAUUUAGAAACUACUGGAUUUUUUUCUCAAUAUAAUGAAAUUAUUGAAAUAGGCUAUGUGAUUUAUCACCAAGGAGAAAUUAUUCAGGAAAAAGAAUACUUAAUUUGUCCCGAAAAAGAAAUUUCGGCUGAGUGGGAAGGUUGUGUUUUAGUGGCUCAUAAUGCUGGUAAGUUCGAUUAUGGUUUUCUUAAUAAGGUCUGGAAAGAAAAUUUUGAAAAAUUAAGCCAUGUUCCCGGACGAGGAAAAAUUGUUCAAACCCACCGGGCUCUGGAUGACAGUAAAUUGCUAGCCGAAUUAUUAGGAAAAUUGUUGAAAACUCUAAAAGAAAAUAAAAUUAGCCAUCAAGAAGGGUUAUAUAACCUUUAUCGUCUUAUAACGCUUUCCCAUACCAAAAACUUGUUUAAGAAGCCUUCUGUUUUCUGUUCAGAUUUAGCAAAAUAUCGAUCAGGUCUUUUGAUUGGAGCAGCCGGUGGAAGGGAAGGAGAAACCUUCUCACUUUUUAGUUCUUUUAACUUUGAAGAAAAGAAACAAGCAAAACUUCGCUUUUAUGAUUAUUUGGAAGUAAACAGUCCGGCAACUUUUCGUUAUUUAUGGUUGAAUGGAUUAAUUAGAGAAACUGAACUAAAAGAAAUGAUUACAAAAAUUAUUCAAGCCGCCGAAGAAUUAAAAAUUCCGACCAUCGCUUCUCACCAUGUCUACUAUUGCGAAAGUAAAGAAAAACUACUUAAAGAAAUUAUUAUCGCCAACGAAGGAAUGAAUGGUAGCCGCCAUUAUCUUUAUAACCAAGCUACCUUGGAAGGCAAAGAAGAUCGUUUUGCUUGUCUUCCGCCUCAACACCUACUUAAUUUAGAAGAAAUGAUUGAUAAUUGGCUCUUUAUCAACGACAAAUAUCUAAUUGAAAAACUUAUUUUUAAGUAUCCUCAGACUAUUGUAAACAAAGUAGGGGAAAUUAUUAUUAAGCAGCCACCUCUUAACUAUUCUGCAACCGGAAGUAGUCGAAGCGAGGAGGAGGAUUUAAUUUCGGCUUACACUCAACGAACCACAGAAAUUUUUGGCACUCCCUGA